AUGGCGCCUGUGCAGUCCAUGGUAGAGAGUCCUGGUCUAGGUAGUCGCCAUCUUCUCGACAAGAUCGACAAACUGAGGGAGCUGGGAAUCUCCAAGCAAGUUCCUCUUCCACAGCUUGUUGUUGUUGGAGACCAGUCGUCCGGCAAGUCGAGCGUCCUCGAGAGUCUCACUGGCUACUACUUCCCUCGAUCUGUCGGCCUGUGUACACGUCAUGCCACCGAAAUCGUUUGUCGCCGCGAGAAGGACACUAGUAUCGUUGUGACGAUUCACCCCGUCGAUGCUACACCGGCGAAAAUCGAGGCUGCAAAGUCCUUUCGCCAUGUCAUUCGCGAUCUCAAGGGCUCGGAGUUCUCCAAAGUCCUGGAGGAGGCGAGAAAGAUCCUUCUUCCUGCUUCGGAGGUAAUGGGCCUCAAGUCCGCUGAGGAUGAGGCCUCCAGUGGCACUGCCUUCAGCCGGGACAUCCUUCGUGUCGAGAUCUGCGGUCCAGAUGAGGAGCAUUUGACUUUCAUCGAUGUACCAGCGGUACUUACUCUCAACAAAGGUAUAACAACUACGACCGACGUAGCUAUGGUCAAGUCUAUGGUCAAAGACUACAUCAAGGAUUCCAGGACCAUUAUUCUUGCUGUUAUCCCCUGCAACGUUGAUGUUGCAACCCAGACGAUCCUGACGUACGCUGCCGAGGCUGACCCUGAGGGCAAGCGCACCCUGGGUGUUCUUACCAAGCCAGAUCUUGCCCUAGAGAGAGCCACGGUAGAAGCCGUCAUGGAGCUAGUGAGGGGUAAGAGGCGAGACAUCCAGUUGGGCUACUACGUCGUCAAGAAUCGCGGCGCCGAUGACACCUCUUCCAGCAAGGAUGACCGGGACCUCCAAGAGACUGUGUUCUUCAGCAACGACCCAUGGACCAAGCUCGAUAAGUCGCGCUUGGGAAUCCCGGCCCUGCGCGAUCGCCUACGUAAGCUACUAAUGGACCGCACCAAGAGUGAGUUCCCCAAGGUCACACGCGAUAUCAACAAUCGCCUUUGCGAGGCCAAGAAGCAGCUUGAGGCUAUGGGCCAAUCCCGGAGCACUGCCGACGAACAGAGAGCCUACCUAGGUAAAUUGGCCAGUCGCUUUAGUGAGCUCAAGGCCUACGGACUGGAUGGCUACUACACUGGAGAUGCCUUGUUCGAGCGACGUCCGGAGCUGAAGCUCGUAACCCGUGUUCGCCAGAUGAACGAUGCUUUCUCCGAGAUGUUCUUCGCGAAGGGCCACUGCCGUAAAUUUCAAGAAUACGAUGACGAAGAGGACAUCCCAAUGCCUGGGACUAGCACACAGGAGAAUUCCUCUCCGUGGGGAAGUAAACCUCAGGAACCGACAAAGAGUGAAAGUCUGAUGUCUCGAGACGAUUCAGGAGAUACCACGAUCACAAGCGACGAUCUGUACCCACUACGUUUCCAGAUUCCUUCCGACGAGAACGAAGAGCUUGAAAACAUCCUAUCUGACCCUUGUCGACGUACCGAACCUCUGACUGACGACGUCAUGGAGCAUCUUGAGAGCUUGUACCUGACUUCUCGCGGCUAUGAGAUAGGAACAUUCGGAGGUCAAAUGCUACCUGCGGCUUUCAAGGAACAGUCCAAGAAGUGGGAGGGUCUCACCCUAUCCCAUGUCAGCAAUGUUAUUCUUGUGGUGCACCACUUUGUGUAUGAGGUGGUCAAGGAAUCUUGCAUCGACCAGCAGGUUCGAGAUGCCCUCUGGUCCUUCAUACUGGAAGACUUGACGAAGAGGUAUCAGGAGGCCAUGGAUCACGCGCGAUUUUUGGUGCACGUCGAGCGGGAAGGUCGCGCCAUGACGUACAACCCGGCGUUCGACACGGUUUUCAGUAGCAUAAAGACCAAAAGGACGGUAGAGAAGCUCAGCGACCUUAAGGUCGAGGCCUACCAGUAUGGUAAGAAGAAUUCUAACUCGAAUUCGGAGGACUUUGUGCGUUGGAGAGAUGUCACGAACAUGAGCAACCACACCGCGGGUAUCAAGGAGACCUGCAACGCCAUCCACGACCUCCUCAACAGCUACUACCAGGUCGCGAGCGCUCGGUUCGUGGACAUGGUUUGCACCCAGGCCGUCGACCACUUCCUUCUCGGUGCCGGCGAGAAGAGCCCGCUGGGUGUAUUGUCUGCUAACCGCAUCUUUGAGAUGUCUGCGGAAGAGCUUGAAAUGGUGGCGGGAGAGGACUCGAUCAGCCGGAGUGCCCGUGAGAUGCUGAUGAACGACAUCCAAGCUCUUGAGGAGGGCAAGAAGAUCUUGCGAAUUUGA